AUGGCCGCUGGCCAUACCCGAAACUCAGAUUCCUGGAGGGAGCCGCCCCGUGGGAUCCGCCGUUCGCCGGCGUUGUCCACGGGGUCUGGACCCUUCAUCCGAGGGGCCACAUGCCGCAGCCUGCCAGCGCCUUCACGGGCGCCUGGUCGGAUCACCUGCGUGCGGACUGGUGCUGAGGAGUUUAGUGGGGGCAAUUGGAUGGUUUCAGCGUCCCCCCGGUACGCCGGGGGUGCCGCCGCAACCGGGCGCCUCGUGCGCCCCUUCCAUUUAACUACAUUCUACCCCUUCGGGGGUCUGGGCUCCCGGGACUCUCUCGCCGCAAGGCGGGUGGGCCCCCGGGAUGUCUUGCCAUGA